GCUAUUUUCACCUGCACACUACAGAGAUAGCCGCGGUGGUCCGUACCUGCAACCCGUAAAAACAUUUUGCUCCUAGUUUGUUGAGAAAGCACCAGUGGUUGUAAUGGAGAAAUUCAAGCUGUGGCUUGUUGUAUUCCUUUGUUUGGCCUGUCUCGUCUCCAUCUUCUAUCAGGGGAAGUUAAACAGUGUCACAAAUGAAAGGAACUACCAGCCGCUAUUGAAAGCUCAAUCGAAAGAUAUAUCUCCGGAAACGCCCCUUCCACACACUCCCACGCUACUGAAAACUAUACCUGCAUUACAUGCAGGUAACAACAAGCGAGAAGGCGUUCUUAUAUCUCAGUGGCGUCACAAAAACGGUUCAGUCGACUUCAGUUUGGUCACUCAAAGCUUUGUCAUCAGUGUGGUCAACCCUCAACCGGUCUAUCAAGUUGGGCAACAACUUCUGAUCAAAAUCGUUGCGAGGGAUUCAAAAGGUAGAGCGAAAUCGUACGGAGGUGAUUUUCUUCGAACCAAGCUGUACAGUACAGCGCCGGUGAAGGCUAGCACCACGGGAAGGGUCACAGACUUUCAAAACGGGACUUACAUCGCCAGUUUUGUGCUGAGUUGGCCGGGGAAACUCUCAGUUUCAGUCCAGCUUAUACACUCUAGCGAGGCUGUGCAGGUUUUGAAAAGAAUCCGAGACACUGAGCAGACAAGGCGAAUCAUGGUGUGCAGCUUUCUGGACGAAAACAAGAACAUUUCGGAGUGGACGCCUUGCACAAAUAAUGUCGAGAAAAGCAACAGUUUUCACGACGUUUGUGACUUUUCCAAACCUGCCAUCAAUGCAUCGUUCUACUGCGAACGGCCGAGACCUCCAAGUCGCUGCGGCUCCAUCAAAGGGUGUCACCGUGACAGUAAGGGUACUUCAGCAGUGCAGGAUGAGAUGCUCACUGCAGAUGAAAAAAAGCUAUUCCCAGUCAGGGAUAUCAGCUUUGAAGAAACGCCGACGAGCAGCAUCAAAAUCCGAGCUACUGGCCGCCGUUUGACCAACAAAGUUGCGGAAAAGACUCUGCCACUCUGUGCACCCCGCCUACCAGAGACCGCAUCAGAAGGCUACUGGUUCAACGGAACCUGGUAUUCACUGCGGUGCCGAGCAAGAAGAUUUCCCGCCACCCAAUUCAUGUUAAAUUGUCUGCAAAACAAAUCUUUGUUCUUUUUCGGGGAUUCUACCACCAGACAGUGGUGGGCAUUUCUAAAACAAUUCAUGAACUUACGUCAUGAAGGCGAUAUCUUUUACGGAGCAACGUCAGUAAGCAAAGAACAUAAUAUGAAACUGAAAUUUGCGUUUCAUAACUUUCCAAGAAACCUCAAUAGCGCACAAAAGAUGAUAGAAGUUGAUAAGAUCAAUUAUGUGGCUGAUAAUAUCGACGACAUUGUGGGAGGACCGAAUGUUGUGAUAGUUGUAGGUUUAUGGGCCCACUAUACCGCCGAACACAUCGAAACAUUCCGUGCACGGGUUUGGGGUAUUCGUCAUGCCAUAGAAAGACUGCACAGCCGCUCUCCCGAAACUAUGGUCGUCUGGCGAACAAGUAAUACCAACAACCACGUAGAUCUCUCCCACUUUGUGGAAAACAGUGAUUGGUAUGCGUACCAACUUUUGUUGGAGGUGAAAGAAAUUCUAAAAGACCUAAACGUUGUGAUCCUAGACGUUUGGGACAUGUCGGAGUCUAUGUGGCAUGACGCUAACAUGCAUCCACCCCAGGAUGUUAUAGAGAACCAUGUAAACAUGCUACUGUCCUAUAUCUGCCCCUCUUAAAGGGGGCACACCACAGUUUGUUACUCUGUGACGGAGGGUAACCUCCGCCGACGGAGUAUUGUAGUUGUCAAUGUGAUGAGUGUUCGCAUCUUUAUCUCUAUGUUCCCUCUCCGCAUUAGUAUGUGGUUUGGCAUGUCGUCUGUAUGUACCUGCGCAAUGAUGCACGUUGUGCUUUUUUUCGCGGUAGCUGUUUUUAGAAUCAAUGUAAUAAUUUUAGAAAUCAUCCCUAUAUUCAUGGUUUUGUGGAACAGGCCAUGUGGUUUUUUUUAAUAAGCUUAUCUUCAAGCAGAUAUAAGGUUAUGUAUUGGAACGCUGUCUAAUGUAGAGAACAGCUGUCGCGGCAGAGGAAUCCCUAAACAGAUGUUAGACUCUGGCUUCCCAACGUGGAAACCUUAAAUACGUUGCGUAGUAUGUUACCUACGGUCAUUCGUUUCGGGUUUUAAUUGGAGGCUGCACGCCCUCAAGUCUAGAUGUAGCGGCCGUCUCUUCCAGGGAAUUAUCCUGAAGCAAAAUACCUUUGUGUGUGUGUGUGUAGGGGGGUUGGGGAUAAUACCUGUUGUUGAAUAUUACCAUAAUUCUUUAUAAUUAUUGAAGGUGAGAAGAAAAUGCUGUAUUCUGUAGUCAUAGGUAGUCUAAAGUGCUAAAGAAAUGAACUUUUCUAUAAUUCACGUGAAAGUCUUGUCUUUUCUGAAAUUAUCUAUGUAAUCUGUAAAUCAAUUGUUUACUGAGUGUUCUUUGGUGGGACUAAUUAGCGAUUCAAUUAUGAAUUUAUUUGCAUGAACUUUAGAUAAAAACUCUUACAUGGAGGUAUAAAGUCCCCGAACUCUUCUUCAUAAUCUACUUUUGUAUGGGUUUGUGCUAUAGUUAGUUUGGUGAAUAUACAAUGUGUACUAGCCUUACUUAGAUUGGUACUUAGCGUAUGCUAAUACUUAUGAAUAUAUAUAUAUACUAGAUUAAAGCAAUAGCGGUACGGAACUUGUUCUUGUGUGUUUAUUCGGACUGUCAUCUCUCUACUACAGACGUUCGACUCUGACUCUUAAGUUUGCCAAAUCACUCUUAUAAUUAGUGUCUGAACAGUACCGCCAACUUCUACCGCUCACAAGAAAGAACAUCAGCUGCUGACAAACCCGCUCUGCUAACAAGCUGGACAUCCCUAGAUGCAGAACUGAACGCUAUAAAGUUAGUGCCAUUCCGCACAUGGUCUGUCUAAUCAUGUUUGUUUGUGUAUUUUUUGCACAUUUUGUGCAAACAAAUAAACAAACAAACAAAAAA